CCAUAUGACAACACUGACAAUGGCUUUUCGGGUAAAUAUUUGUUGUCAACGCUGCCGGCGAGAGAGCGGCAGUCAUCACACGUUUGGAACUGCACCUCAUAUGUGAAUAAAGUAAUCAAACCAGUUAGAGCACAAGUAACUAGAUACGUCGGUCUCAAACGGCGUUCACGAACACAAAAGAGCCACAACAGGGAGCUGGUGCUACAGGACAGUAGCCAAAGGUCCAGAACGGUCCAUCAGAAAGGUCCGUAUGGUUGCUGUUAGUGACACCGAUGGAUGAAUGACUAAAGGGAAUUUGAAAACCUGCACAGAUGGCGAGCAAGAGUCCGAAAAGUAAGAAGAACGAAACUGAGGCGAAUCAGACAUUUACAUUGUCUGUGGAGACCAAAGAUGGCCGACAGCAAGGGUCCAGUAAGGUCAGGGUAGUGCCCAGUUCGACAUGGAAGGAUUUGGGGAGGAAAGUGGCACUGCUGAUACCCUACAUGUGGCCCAGAGGGAGUGCCCCACUGCAGAUCCUUGUACUUCUCUGUAUCACUUUACUGGGCCUGGAACGGGUCAUCAAUGUGUUUGUGCCUAUCUACAGCAAGGACAUAGUGAAUGAGUUAUCAGAAAAGGAGAACUGGAAAGUGCUGGCAAAAACUGUGUGUAUCUAUGUCCUCCUCAAGUUCUUGCAGGGUGGUGGGGCAGGAACAUCAGGCUUUGUCAGUAACAUGCGCUCCUUCUUGUGGACGCGCGUUCAGCAGCACACCAGUCGCACGGUGCAGCUGCAGCUGUUCGCCCAUCUGCACGCUCUGUCGCUCCGCUGGCAUCUGGGCCGAAAAACAGGCGAUGUCCUGCGCAGCGUCGACCGUGGCACAUCCUCUGUCAGCAACCUGUUAAACUACAUAGUAUUCACCAUCUUGCCAACUAUUGCGGACAUUGUGAUUGCGAUAGUGUACUUUGUCUCUUACUUCAACGCCUGGUUUGGCCUCAUUGUCUUCAUCUGCAUGUUCCUCUACCUCAUAUUGACCAUCAUAAUCACAGAGUGGAGAACAAAGUACAGACGAAACAUGAACCAGCAGGACAACAAUGCUAAGUCCAAGGCAGUGGACUCUCUUCUGAACUUUGAAACUGUAAAAUACUACAAUUCUGAGAGUUAUGAAGUCAGCCGAUUUGAGGAAGCUAUCUUAAAGUAUCAGGCGUCAGAAUGGAAGAGCAAUGCCUCGCUGGCCCUCCUGAAUCAAACACAGAAUCUGAUCAUAGGCUCUGGCCUGCUAGCUGGAUCUCUGCUCUGUGCAUACUUUGUCACAGUGGAUCGGUUCCAGGUUGGGGACUAUGUUCUCUUUGGGACAUACGUUGUCCAGCUCUACACUCCUCUGAACUGGUUUGGCACAUACUAUAGGAUGAUUCAGACUGCUUUUGUUGACAUGGAGAAUAUGUUUGAGCUCCUAACAGAGGAGAAAGAGGUGAAAGAUGAUGUAAAUGCAGUGGAUCUGCUCUGCAUUGAAGGGAGAGUGGAUUUCCAAAAUGUGUGCUUCAGCUACAUAGCAGGGAAGGAGAUUCUCAGAAAUGUGUCUUUCACAGCAAUGCCUGGUCAGACAGUAGCACUGGUUGGUCAGUCAGGGUCAGGCAAAAGCACCAUCAUCCGACUACUGUUCCGUUUUUAUGAUGUCCAGGAAGGCUGCAUCCUUAUUGAUGGUCAGGACAUCUCAAAGGUACAACAGAGCUCUCUGCGUUCCUACAUCGGUGUUGUCCCUCAGGACACAGUCCUCUUCAACGAUAACAUCCGAGAAAACAUUCGCUACGGACGAAUCGCUGCGAGUGACCAGGAAGUGGAAGAUGCUGCGCUGGCUGCUGAUAUCCACCAUAAGAUCCUCUCUCUUCCAGACGGAUAUGACACACAGGUAGGAGAGAGAGGCCUGAAACUGAGUGGAGGGGAGAAACAGAGAGUGGCCAUCGCUCGCACCAUCCUUAAAGCUCCCCGCAUCAUCCUGCUGGACGAGGCCACUUCUGCUUUGGACACUCAGACAGAGCGCAACAUCCAGGCUUCUCUCACCAGGGUGUGUGCCAGCAGGACAUCUAUUGUAGUGGCACACAGGCUGUCUACCAUAAUUUCAUCAGAUCUGAUUCUGGUUCUGCAUGAAGGACAGAUUGUGGAGCGUGGAAGACACGAAGAUUUGCUGGCUAUGCAAGGGCAGUACUCAGCCAUGUGGCAAAAGCAGCAGGAGCAGCAGGAGAGCCCAGAGCCAAGUGCCUCCUCAGACACACAACAGCAGCAGCAAAACAGUGAAGAAUGACUCAACUUUAGUCCAGGUAAAAUGGAAGGAUCCAGUGAACCAAAGGUGUCGUUUUGGGUGCUGUUUUAAAGGUAAAAAAUUUCCUGGUAUUUGUUUUCAAAUAUAAAUAAGCCAAUGACAUAUUCUCUGUCUUGAUAGCUUAAAUAAAAAUAUAAUUUAAUAGUUAAAAUAUAAUUUAGAGCCUUUUGAUGUGAAAUGCUCCAUUCUUCAGGGUGAGUCAAAAGUCACAGGACACAGUUU